GGCUUCAAUCGAUGAGGAAAACACAUUUCGCUUUUUCUAUAAAAGAUAAACCGUCUGCAGUGUGUUUGUAUGUGGACGCCGUGAAAUUUUCAAGCUGAGCGGUACGCAUCACAAGCGUAAAGGUACGAGCAAGUUGCGAUUUACGCGAAAAACACCGACCGACGCUGUAGUAUGCUAUACUAUGUAGGUGAUCGAAAGAUGGCGUAGGGCUGCGUUUAUCGAAGUUGCGGAACAGAAAGAAAUAUCAAAGCAGCUAAUGUAAGGUUUCGCUUUCCAGUAGAGAGGAUUAGCUUUGAAGUAUAUGAAUUUUAUUUCUGCACCUACAAUAAGAACGAUACAUUUGCAUAACUUAGAAAAUCUGAUGGAAAGAACUGAACGUUCACAAAUAACAGCUAGCGGCUGUACGGUGCCUCUCGCUUAUUUGUCAAGCUGAAGUUGAUGUUUCCCUCUCCAGCUGAGGAAACAUCAUCGUUCAAGGCCCUAUAAAUCGUUGUGUAGCAAUUGCGUGAAAAUGGAAGUGUUGUUAGUGUGUCUUUUUCAUUUCUGCUUGACCCAAAACAACGUGCGUUGCUGAGUAAUCUGACGAUGGCUACAACGGAGCUCUCGUUCGUCUAGUGGCGUAUAUGGGUAAUAAGGUGUCUCCUCGGCUAGAGGAUGUGCCUCCACCCCCUGUUGAAGAUAGUUACCAACUGCACAGCGAGGACAAAAAACGGACCAUUUGGUGUAAACAAUGGAAGCCGAAUAAUAUCGAAAAGGCGAGAUGCAUGCUGUAUAUCUGCCAUGGCCUAGGUGAACAUAUCAUGGUGUAUGAUGAGUUAGCGAAACUUUUCGCUCAAAAAUACGAUGCCAUCGUGUUUGGCCACGAUCACGUCGGCCAUGGUAGAAGUUCAGGGGAGCCCCGUUGUUACAUGGAGUCUCUAAAUAUCCUUGAGCAGGAUAUGGCAAUGCACAUCGAUGAGGUCUACAAGAAAUAUCACACGAAUCAGGAAAAACUGCCGUUGUUCGUAUUUGCCCACUCGAUGGGGGGAGCCGUAUCACUGUUGUAUAUGAUUCGACGUCAGGUCGACCAGCGAUAUCCGGGAGGACUUCGUGGAGGGCUGAUGCUAAUGGGCCCACUUAUAAGCCUCAGCCAGGCGUCUUUGGUGCUGCAGGCAAAACAGUAUAUAACUAAAAUAGUCCGACCUAUCCUACCUAGCUGGGUACCCGUCACCCAGUUGCCAUUUGAAGACUGCGUAUCGGAACCUUCCGUGGCCGAAGAAUUUAACAGAGACCCUUUGAGAUAUCACGGCUGGAUUCAUAUGGGCACGGCUUGUGCCAUGCUCGAUGCUAUUGACGAAAUCCACAAAGGAGUGAAGUCCUUUGAAACGCCUUUCUUUAUAUCACAUGGUAGCGCCGAUAAAUUAUGCUGUGUCAAAGCGUCACGAAAGUUCGCUGAGGAUGCGCCAGCUAAAGUCAAGAUCUGUAAGAUAUAUGAAAACGGAGCGCAUUGUCUUCUUCACGAAUUUUCUAGCGGAAUCCGCGAGCGCCUGCUGAAGGAUCUUUUCGAAUGGAUGGAUAUGAGGUUCAAAGAACUUCAGGCCCCCGCAGCUCCUAAGAAAGAGUAGUAGAAAAAGUAGAACUGUACAACCUAUAUAAACACAUCCUCUUUACUUACCGUAUAGUAACGGUCAAGUUAUUUGGCAUAAAGUAUAUAUUGUUGGAGCAUCCCUAUCGGCUCAUGCAUACCAAUAUAUUCGUUUUUGAGUUGGAAAAGGUAGCGAACGAUUGGUCCAACAGUGAUAAAGCAUAGCACUGAUGUAAUUAACUAGCAACUUCUACGUGGAAGACAAGGAUAGAUAUUCGAAAUGUCCCUUGAUGAGUCCUUUUCAAGAAGGACGUAUUUUUCCGAUUACUUUACAAGGAUUGCGACUCAGAUUGCACGAUGAGUCUAAGCAGGAUUUAUAUAUUAAUGCCUAUGAAGAGUUAUUAGGUCCGUGGCAAAGCCAGUAGCCCUGGCUUUUGAAUGAAUUUAUCCUCUCUCAAAUUAAGAUUUUUCAAUAACGUACGAUAACGACAUAAAUAACAUGUUAGCACAAACGGUAGUAAAGCGGAAAUUCGAUUGUACGUGUUGCGCCCUCCAUUUGUGAUCUUCAUCUUCAUCUUCAUUCGACGCCGCCUCCGCUGAACUAGUGAUAAAAUGACUACAAGGGGCGUCGCUCCCCCUUGCGUGUCUGCAUGAGUACGUGCUUUUGUACGCGCCGUAGGUAUUUCAUUUAAACGUUUGAUAAUACGCGUUAAUGGACACAUCAAAAUGCAGCCAGUAAAAAAUAUACAGCAGUGGAGUGGUUAUAGACAGGGUUUGUUACAUGGCACAAGCAAAUACAGUAACAGUAUAUAAACGAGAUCGCGUUGGCACAGUCGAUCGUAGUAUUUCUAUGGGCAAAAGACACUUAAUCGAGACAAAAGACACUUAAUGAAAUUUUGAAUCAAAUGAAACCAUGAGAUAGCGUUUACGUUUCAGCGACGAAUACGGAAAAUAAAAUUGAUAUUGUAAUAACGGGGUAAGGACCCUACAGGUAAUACAUUGGCCAAGGACUAACGUAUAGGCCACUCGUUUUACAGGCUUCAAGCACUUCCACGACGAAUCGCACGAAAAAAUUAUCAUUAUGUUAAAAAAAAAAAACUGCAUCAUGGUUCUCAAUGCCGUUCCGAGUUUUUGCUUGGGGCGUUGGAUAAAAAUUUAAUGGGAAGAGAAAAGUGCAUAAUCCAAACUAUAUACGGCGGAUAAGUUGAAAUAAGACAAUUCUUGAAGCAUUGGUAUUCCAGGUGGAAGAUACGGCCUUUUUCGCUCACUAAUUACGAUCUAUUUUUCAAUGGCAUGCUAUAUAAUACUCUCAGCUGUUGACAAUCGUUCUUCCAGGCGGCAGCAACUUAUAAUGCACGAUUCCAUUGCCACUAAACACAAAGUAUCACAUCAUUUAGGACCAGUCUGAGCUUUACCACAAAUAAAGCGCAUCUUUUUAGUUUUUUUU